AGAGAGUAAACGACACGGUCACCGCGAUAUAUACAUACAUAGGGUUGCAGCAACAGCGAUUGCUCGACUUCUACUGAUAGCGAAGAUGGCUCAAGAUUCGGUUAAAGUCACCAUGGAUACCGUCAAAGACAAGUGCCCAGCUUUCGAGAAGGGAAAAGCUUGCCCUUACAACGUACCUGAGCUGAAAGGACUUGGCAAGGGCUGCCCAGAGUUCAAAAAUGGUUGUCCAUUCAAAGGAGUCAAAGAUGUAGGCGAGUUCAAACAAAAGCUAGGGGAGUUGAGAGACAACUGCAAAGGAAAGGAAAACUAUGAUAAAGCAUUUGAGCUCAUCAACAAGGCAAAUGGUGAGCAAGUGGCUAAACUAGGUCACUGUCCCUUCCACAAGAAUGGUUGCCAGCUCAGUGAAGACCUAAAUGGCAAGCCAAUUACCAAUGACUUUGUUGACAUGGAUACAAUCAAGACCAAAUGCCCAGUUUUUUCAGAACGGUCGCUUUUGCCCCUACAACCUUCCUUGCUUGAAAGGGUUGGGAAAAGGCUGUCCUGAGUUCAAGAAUGGCUGUCCCUUCAAGGAUGUCAAGACCAUUGGAGAAUUCAAAGCAAAGUUGGGGGAGAUGAGAGAUAAAUGCAAAGGCAAGGCUAAUUACGACAAGGCACUUGAUAUGUUUGCUGGUGCCAAUGGCGUGCAAAUGGCCAAAUUUGGACAUUGUCCUUUCUUCAAGUUUGGAUGUAUGUUUAAGACCGACCCAAGCGGCAAGCCAAUUGUG